UCACUGUAUGAUCAACUCAAAUACUUCAGUCGUAACGUGUGUUCCGAUGAUUGAUAAGGUGUAUCCAUCAAGUGGACCAGUUAAUGGUGGUACAUUGGUGACAAUAACAGGGAAUUAUCUUGGAAAUGCUAAUGAUAAUAUUUCUGUUGAUAUUAAUGGAGUAAUAUGUCACGACGUUACAGUUACAAUACCCAAAACUGAGAUGACUUGUGUUAUUGGAAAAGGCAACACCAAUCAGACAAUGGGAAUAUUUGUUUCAGUAAAUGCAACUUAUUACAGCAACCAAACUUAUAAAUACUUCAGUUUUAAGAAACCUAUGAUCUUAAAUGUCUCACCAUUGAAGGGAAUCGUUUCUGGUGGUACAACUGUGACGAUUAAAGGUGAACACAUUGAUUUCAAAGGACAAGAUCGAUACAAUAUAUCGUUUUGUGAAAAUGAUAUUUGUAUUGAAUGCAGUGUUUUAGAAAAUACUAUCAGUUCAACAAACAUCAAAUGCAAAACUGGACGAUCACAAGUACCUCGAAAUAUGACCUUGCUACACGUUGUGAUUGAUGACUUGACAGCAUUUAAACUGAACAGAACGUUUCGAUAUUUACCAGAUCCAACAUUCAAUAUUUCAAAUGAACCACAAACAGCUCAAAACAGCGGAGGUUCAACAUUUACCAUUCAAGGUGAAGGAUUCAAAAAUGUAGGAGAAGUAACUGUUGAAAGAGUGGAAAAUCCUUGCGAAGUACCAGAUGAUACUUCAGCUGUUUGUGAAACACCUCCAAAAUUAGGGAAUCAAACUAAUCAAACAGUAAUUGUUCAUUUUGAUGGAUUGACAGUUCAGAUUCCAAUAGAAUAUGUAAAUGAUCCUACCUUCGAAAAGUUUAAAGGCGUAAACGAAUAUGAUAAAGAGUCUUCUAUCAAAAUUAAGGGUAAAAAUAUUUUGAAUGGAGCACGACCUACAGACUACACAAUACAUGUUGGUUUGGAUGGAAGUUGUUUCAUUACUGAUAUAAAUAUGCAACUUAUCACAUGUUACCCACCUAAAUCAGUACCUCGGACUAAUAAAACAGAUGUGAAUACGGUUCAUGUUAUUGUUAAUGUUGGAAAUAUAAAAGCGUACAUUGGUGACCUACAAUACAAAGAAGACGUCAAUACAUUAGCCAUCAUAGUUGCUAUUUUGGCGGCUGCAUUGGUUACAGCUGUUGUAAUUGGCAUAUCUGCUGUAGUCAUUUUACGAAAAAAGAAGAAAAAGGCUAUCAAAGAAUUUAAAAUGGAACUUAUGACAAGGGAAGAAACGAUCAGAAAAGCUAGUAGAGAAGAAUUUGCCGAUGCCCAAAUGAAUAUCAGGGACAUAAAAUCGGACCUCGUUACUACAAGAGUACCAUUUUCCAACUAUCAAACGUAUAUUCUUCUUCAGCUCUUUCCGAACCAAGAUAUAACCAAUAAUCCCUUACUUCAUGAUUCAGAGAUAACAGAUGACAGGAAAGCCGGAAUAAAAAGUGCGAUGGACAAGUUUGAAAUGUUGUUGUCCAAUAAGCUUUUCCUGAAGUCACUUAUUCAAACAUUAGAUCGGCCGAAUAUGCUGACAAUGCAAGAAAAGGCUCAUUUUACAUCCGUGUUGUCGGUUUCAUUGCUUGGAAAUAUGAGACUCUUCUUCGAUUUGGUUCAUUGUUUACUGGUUGAUAUGAUUCGGUCAUCAUCGAAAAAGCAACAGAAAGUUUUAUUCCGAAGGUUUGACUCUAUAACUAUGAGAUUAAUGGUCAAUUGGUUACAGAUAGGACUGUACAAACAUUUAACGUCACGCAGUGGUAUACAUUUGUUUAUGCUAUAUAGAGCAGUGCAAACAAUUAUUGAAAUGGGACCAAUAGAUGCACUAACAGGUAAUUCAAAGAACACCAUUGCAGAAGAGAAGCUACUUAAAAUGAGGAUUGAACAUCAGAAUCUUACGUUACAAAUAGAUUUGAACGGAAAUAGUGACCAGCAUUAUCCUGUGAAAGUUCUUGACUGUGAUACAAUAUCACAGGUGAAACAGAAAUGUUGUGCGCAGAUUUAUAAAAAUAAACCUGCUUCAGAAAUACCACACAAUGAUGAACUUUCUUUAGAAUGGCAAGAGGGAAAAGCAGGAAAACUUUUGCUGAAUGAUAUUGACAACACUAGUGAUAGAAACAAUGGACUUGUAUGCCUGAAUACCUUAAAACAUUAUAUGGUUAAAGACAACAGUAGAAUGGCACUAAUGUAUACACAUCAUGACGACGACGAUGUUUAUGUGAAUUCAACUGGACUUCGCACGGAAAGUGUCACGUCAGAGGAUAUAACAUUACUAAUGCCGGACAAAAGUGGAGUUGAGGAACUAGAAGCACACAAAUGGCACUUGGAAACAUGUUCGCCAAAUCUAUCAGAUGACAUAAAGUCAAAUAGAGAGUCUGACUUCGGGGACAUCUUUUUAAAUAGAUUAUUCCAUACCAAGUUGCUUCUGACCGACUACAUCGAUUCUACUUUUGAGGGUUUGAUAGACCCACAAUCACUACCAAUAUCAAUUCGAUACUUCCUCUGCAUGUUAGACAAAUUUGGAAACGAUUAUAAAAUUGAGCCAGAUGUUCUACAAGCAUGGAAAAAUGAGUGUUAUGGUACACGAGUUUGGGCUCCACUGAUUGGUAAACCAGACAUACUGUUUGAUGUUAAUGUACCUGGUCAUGUUGGACCAUGUUUGGAUAUUCUAAGACAAGUGUUUGUAGAAAGCUUUACACAGACAGCCCACAAAGUAAACAAGGAAUCACCUCCACAGAAAUUGUUGUUCCAUAAAGAUAUACCAAGAUAUAGAAAACUCAUCGACCCUUUCUACAUACGAGUAGAGCCAGUGACUGAUAAGGAAUUCUGGAGUGAAAUAGACGAAAUAUCAAACACACAGAAAGCAGAACUGAAGUUCAGUCGACAAUCUACCAUUCAUCAACUGUAUAAUUUGUUCAUUGGGAAGUACAAAUCUGAAAUUAUUGAUGAUUUUGAGGAUAUGGAAGAAAGCAAAGACCUACAAUUUGCAAAUAAACUCGAAGAAGUCAUAGAUUUGAUGGAUGAAUCUUCAAAUGAUUCUUAGAUUUAGAAAUUUUGCUCAUACCAAAGAACUGUUGAUACAUGUGGUUUUUUUCCACUAUCAUUACUUUUAUACAUGCAGAAAUAUAAAUGAAUACGUAAGCUACGGUAUAUGGCAGUAACUUUUUCGAGUAUUGUUAUAGAUUAGGUGGGAUCAAUCAUCAAUGUAUUGUUAGAUGAAUGGAUUUUUGUAACUUAUUUGUCAAAUGAAAAACCAACUUGCUAAAUGGAUUGACGCGAUAUUUAACGUGCAAUUAAAGUAUGUAAAAAUAUUAACACAUUGUAUAUAAUUGUUAUUGCAAAUUUAGUUUUAAUCUGAAUUCAUUAUUCUUAUCACUUAUGUUAAACAUUGAUAACAUGUUUGAAAUAUAGUUCAUAUUAUAGAGCCAAAAUACAUUAUACAUUAUACAUUUCCUUACUAAUUACAUUAUACAUAUUUACGUAAUUAUAUUAUAUCAUUUCUGUUACGUCUUUUUAUGUUACAGACUUUUGAUUUAAUACUAGUAGUUUGAAAAAACCGGUAAUGCGUUAACUUAGCGUUUUUGAUUGGUGAUAGCUUUUGACUUUUUGAAAUAGAAAAUCACAAACUUUAUGUUUUUUUUGGCUAUGGAUUAAUUUUAAAUAGUGCAUUAAUUUACAUACUUAUGCUACUUUUACAACAUUCAAAAGAAUUGGUCUGUUUUAACAUUGACUCUAAUAAUGCUUAUUAAAAAAUUAAUAAGUAUUGACAUUUGGUUUUGGUAAUGAUUUGUUAUAUUUUGAAACAUUAUUUGUGUGGUUAAUAAAAACAAUCGUGGUUUAAAAUUAAAUUUAAAAAAGUAAAAAGUACAUAAGUCCGUUUUUUUAAAGAAAAUGUGGGAGUCGUACUAUUCUACAACAGAUCUAAUAAGCUUAUAUUAGUAUCAACUGAGUUAUGUAUAUUGUGCUGUAACUUGUGUAUUUCUGUUUUCAUUAUAUCAUAAAUGUCAUAUUUUACAUAUUUAUAUAAAAAAUCUGUUAUUAAGACAAAAGUGAAGUUAA